GGACGAGGACAACGAGCGGCGGGGCGGCGGAGGACGCGGAGGAGGAAGAGGAGGCCGACCUACAAGAUGGCCCCUGCUGCAGGAGCGGCCUCGGCAGCAGCAGGUGGGGGGCUGGAGGCGGCGCUGGCGGCAGCGGCCGAGGCCCGGCGGCCUGGGACAGAGUCAGCGUCGAUGGUAGCAGCGGCGGCGGCGGCGGCUGCCGCGGCGGUGGCGACGGCCGCGGGGACGCGGAGCUGAGAGGAGCUGCUGCUCGGACCAGCGCGGUUAUAUUUCACACUAUGUGCUGACUGUAUCUACAGAAGAUAUUUAACAAAAAAAAAAAGAUAAACUUUUUUCAAAGAUUUUGAUUCCAGUGGAAUCUUUGCUUUAGAUUUGUGUGUGUGUGUGUGUGUAUUAGUGAAUUGUAACUCCAGAAGCAAUGCCUGUACAAGCUCCACAAUGGACGGAUUUCCUCUCCUGCCCAAUUUGCACUCAGACUUUCGACGAAACAAUUCGAAAGCCCAUCAGUUUGGGCUGUGGCCAUACUGUCUGUAAGAUGUGCCUGAACAAACUCCACCGCAAGGCUUGCCCAUUUGACCAGACCACUAUCAAUACAGACAUUGAGCUCCUUCCCGUGAACUCAGCAUUGCUGCAGCUAGUGGGUGCUCAGGUCCCUGAACAGCAGCCCAUUACUUUGUGUAGUGGGGUUGAAGACACAAAGCAUUAUGAAGAAGCCAAGAAAUGUGUAGAAGAAUUAGCAUUGUACCUGAAACCGCUCAGCAGUGCUAGAGGAGUGGGUCUGAAUAGCACUACCCAGAGUGUUCUGAGUCGCCCAAUGCAGAGGAAGCUUGUGACUCUGGUUCACUGCCAACUAGUGGAAGAAGAAGGCAGGAUUCGUGCCAUGAGAGCUGCUCGCUCUUUAGGUGAACGAACAGUUACAGAACUCAUUCUCCAGCACCAGAAUCCUCAGCAACUCUCUUCCAAUCUUUGGGCAGCAGUCAGGGCUAGGGGCUGUCAAUUCCUUGGACCAGCAAUGCAAGAGGAAGCUCUAAAGCUGGUUCUACUGGCCUUAGAAGAUGGCUCUGCUUUGUCAAGAAAAGUACUGGUUCUUUUUGUGGUGCAAAGGUUGGAGCCACGGUUUCCUCAAGCCUCUAAAACUAGCAUUGGGCAUGUUGUUCAGCUCCUUUACAGAGCCUCCUGCUUCAAGGUCACCAAACGUGAUGAAGACUCUUCUCUGAUGCAGCUUAAAGAAGAAUUUAGAACCUAUGAAGCUCUGCGACGAGAGCAUGACUCCCAGAUAGUACAGAUUGCUAUGGAAGCAGGCUUAAGGAUUGCACCAGACCAGUGGUCCUCUUUGCUUUAUGGAGACCAGUCUCACAAAUCUCACAUGCAGUCCAUUAUUGACAAGUUGCAGACCCCAGCCUCUUUUGCUCAGAGUGUUCAGGAACUAACAAUUGCUCUCCAGCGGACUGGAGACCCAGCAAACUUGAACCGACUAAGACCCCAUUUGGAACUAUUAGCAAACAUUGACCCAAGUCCAGAUGCUCCUCCUCCUACUUGGGAACAGCUAGAAAAUGGACUGGUAGCUGUGCGUACAGUUGUACAUGGGCUGGUUGAUUAUAUACAGAACCAUAGCAAAAAAGGAGCAGAUCAACAGCAGCCUCCACAGCAUAGCAAAUAUAAAACAUACAUGUGUCGAGAUAUGAAGCAAAGAGGAGGAUGCCCUCGUGGUGCCAGCUGUACAUUUGCACACUCACAAGAGGAACUGGAAAAAUUUCGUAAAAUGAACAAACGUCUGGUUCCCAGAAGACCUCUGAGUGCCUCUUUGGGUCAGUUGAAUGAGGUGGGCCUGCCUUCUGCAGCCAUCCUUCCAGAAGAAGGUGCAGUGGAUCUACCUAGCAGAAAACCCCCUGCUCUACCAAAUGGAAUUGUGCCAGCAGGAAAUACAGUAACACAACUGAUUCCACGGGGGACAGAUCCCAGCUAUGAUUCUAGUCUGAAACCAGGGAAAAUAGAUCAUCUGAGCAGUAGUGCUCCAGGAUCCCCUCCUGACCUGCUAGAAUCUGUCCCUAAGAGUAUUUCUGCCUUACCUGUGAAUCCACAUCCUGUACCUCCAAGGGGGCCGGCAGAUCUGCCUCCCAUGCCUGUCACCAAACCAAUUCAGAUGGUACCACGAGGUUCUCAGUUAUAUCCAGCACAAGCAGAUGUUUAUUAUCAGGAUCCUCGAGGAGCUGCCCCACCAUUUGAACCAGCACCUUAUCAGCAGGGUAUGUACUAUACCCCACCACCAUGUGUAUCCCGCUUUGUUCGACCUCCACCAUCUGCUCCUGAACCUGGUCCUCCCUACUUGGAUCCUUAUCCACCCUACCUCCAAGAUCGUGUUAUGAACUCUCAGUAUGGCGCACAGCCACAACAGUACCCACCUAUGUACCCACCUCACUAUGAUGGCCGUCGAGUGUACCCUGCUCAGUCUUAUACAAGAGAGGAAAUUUUCCGAGAAAGCCCUAUACCCAUUGAGAUUCCACCUGCUGCAGUACCAUCAUAUGUACCAGAGUCCAGAGAAAGAUACCAGCAAGUGGAGGGUUACUAUCCAGUAGCCCCUCAUCCUACUCAGAUCAGACCUUCGUAUCCCAGAGAGCCUCCAUAUAGCCGGCUUCCUCCUCCUCCUCCCCAGCCCCAUCCUAGUCUAGAUGAGCUACAUCGCCGACGAAAGGAAAUUAUGGCUCAACUGGAGGAAAGAAAGGUUAUCUCUCCACCUCCUUUUGCACCUUCACCAACAUUGCCUCCCACAUUCCAUCAAGAGGAAUUUUUGGAUGAAGAAUUGAAGGUAGCUGGGAAAUACAAAGGAAAUGAUUAUAGCCAAUACUCUCCUUGGUCAUGUGACACCAUCGGCUCCUACAUUGGAACCAAAGAUGCAAAACCCAAAGAUGUUGUGGCAGCAGGGAGUGUGGAAAUGAUGAAUGUGGAAAGUAAAGGAAUGAGAGACCAGCGAUUGGAACUUCAGAGAAGAGCAGUAGAAACCAGUGAUGAUGACCUCAUCCCAUUUGGAGACCGACCAACAGUAUCUCGGUUUGGUGCCAUCUCUCGAACUUCCAAAACGCUAUAUCAGGGUGCUGGCCCAAUGCAGGCUAUGGCACCUCAGGGAGCUCCCACAAAAUCUAUUAACAUUUCUGAUUACAGUCCAUAUGGAACCCACGGUGGCUGGGGAGGUUCUCCAUAUUCACCUCAUCAAAAUGUAACUUCUCAGGGACACUUCAGUGAGAGGGAGCGAGUAUCCAUGCCAGAAGUAGCCAGUCAUGGAAAACCCCUUCCAUCUGCUGAGAGAGAACAGCUACGACUAGAAUUGCAGCAACUGAACCAUCAGAUUAGCCAGCAGACUCAGCUACGUGGAUUAGAGGCCGUUAGUAACAGGCUGGUGUUGCAGAGGGAAGCAAACACCUUGGCGGGACAGCCACAGCCGCCGCCGCCUCCUCCAAAGUGGCCUGGAAUGAUCUCAAGUGAGCAGUUGAGCUUGGAACUGCAUCAAGUGGAAAGGGAAAUUGGGAAGAGAACCCGGGAACUAAGUAUGGAGAACCAGUGUUCUCUGGACAUGAAAACCAAAUUGAAUACAAGUAAGCAAGCAGAAAAUGGACAACCAGAACCACAAAACAAGGUUCCAGCUGAGGACCUUACAUUGACAUUCAGUGAUAUACCGAAUGGAUCAGCCUUGACACAAGAGAAUAUCAGCCUCCUGUCAAACAAGACCAGCUCUCUGAACCUAUCAGAGGACCCAGAGGGAGGAGGAGAUAACAAUGACUCCCAGAGAUCCGGAGUUACUCCCAGUUCUGCUCCCUAAAACAUGAGGAAUCCUAAUAUUCUCUUCUGCUCCUAAUCAAUUUGGGUAGAAGAAUGGAUGACUUCUAAAUGUGUUCUAAGAGUGGUCAGAGAAAUCCAGGAAAAGCACCAGAGGCAAUGUGCACAAACACCACUACUAAAAACAAACCCUGCACAUAGUUCACGUUAACGCAUUUUUUUUUUUUAAUUUAAAGAAAAAGAAAAUUAGCAGUAUCUGCAAGCAAUUCAGAUUAAAUUUGUUUUUGUUCUGUGAAUGAACUUUAUUUUAAUAACUUUGGACGCCUUGGAUCCAGGGCUUUAAAAAAAGAUGAUGAUAUUAUAUAUACACUCUGUUUGAUUAAUUGUAUGAUCUUAAUGAAGUAGGUUUUUCUUGUAUUUUGGUAUUAUUACAUACCCAGUGUAUAAUUCCUUACCUCCAGUCCUUUCCAACUCUCACCACUCCUUAAACUAAAACAGACAAAAAGCACUGGUGUUUCUUAGAAUUCUGUGGUGCUUGAGAAACAGAGACAAUAGACUGAGUUACUAGAAAAUGUGCAGCAAACUAAAUUUCUCAGACCUGUUAUUUAGAAUUUUUUCCUUUUUGGAUCACUAGGUUCAUGGAUAAAAAAAUGUUUUGCUAUGACAUUAAAACUUUUGUUGUUAACCAACCAUUUAGAAGGGUUUUAUUUUCAACUUUUAAGAAAGAGAAUUAACAGCUAAUGUUUUAGCUCCCUGUUAAGGAUCCUUUGCAUUCUAUUAAUGUAAUCAGAAAGGCAAUUCAGUGUGUCCUUUUUGAUGAGAUUUAAAUGAAGAUUAAGAGUGAAAUGUAAUUUGUUAGCACUAAAAAUACACAAUUAGUAUAUUAGCUAUUGAGCUCAUGGUUGGAAAUUUGAAGCUUUUUUUUUUUUUUUAUUAUUAAACUUUGCUAAAAUCAGAAUGCUUAAAAACAGGACAAUCAUCCAUGUUUUAAAAUUAACACUUUAAACAGGGACACCUUUUUUCAGUAAAUGAAAUAUGGACACAUUAUUUCUUUUACUCUCAAAACUUACAAAAGCAUAAAAUAAAACCCCUGUGUACUGGAGCCCUCGGAUUUCAAGAAAGAUUUGGCAGAUAUAAAACUGCCUGAAUCUUAAGGCUGGUUUGUGAAUUGAUCACUGGUUGCUAUCCCAAAUUAUUAGCAUAAAUAAGUAGUAAAUAUUUUGAAAUCAAUUUUCAUAGAUUUGGAUUCCAGCCUUUAUAAACUUUGUUCAAGAAAAUUUUGCAAAGAGGAAGAAUUUUUUUUUUUUUAAUUUUUAGUUCUGCUGCACAUAUUCUGAUACCCUGAGUCUAUACUUAACCCCUAUAAAGCAUGUUUUGUGGGGAUUAUUUCACUCUCUCUGUCCACUGUUUGCCUGAUAUUUUUAGUUUCCCUUUUUGGAUUAUACUACUAAAUCAGAAAGCACUGGUUAUGUAAUAAGUUACUGCAUUGCUUUGGUUGGGUAAAAGCAAAAGUUUAUAUUUUUCUUGUUUCUUAUAUUCUUAACCCUUAACUCCUGCUGAGGUCCUAACAGCCUCAGUCUAAGCUCUGUGUCCAUUAUAUUAUUAACUGA